CUUGUCUACUUGUACACCAUACAAAUGUGUAUAUGAACCCAGAGGAUGUUUCCACUCUGACUUGAGAAGACUACUGCAUAUCUACAGUUACGACUAUUCAUCUUGUUUAUACUUAUACUUUUCAAGAUAAUUUCCCUGCGUUUUUAAAUUUACCACCAUUAUUAAAAUUGCUUUAAGGAAAUGUUGAUGACACUUUGCCUCAAUGUUUUAUUAAAAUUAGAUUUCAAAUGUGCAUUCUGUUUCUGUCUUUUUCAGAUGAAAGAUGUAGCUCCAAUUAUGUGAGGCUGGUUUAGAUUUGGGAAGAUGGCAGACAUUGAAAAUGCCUGUUAUACUGUCCCUCAACAUGAAUUUAUCUAGAGCUGAGAUAGAAAUCCUUUGCUGACUAGAUGCUUCCUUCAAUUUACAAAGAUCUUAUCUUUCUUACCAAUAAACUAGAAGAAAUGAUGAGAAGGAAACAGAGGGAUCGGUGUCUGAAGUAUAUUUUGGCAUCAAUAGUUAUCUUUAUUCUUCUUCAAACAAAUAUUGUGAAAUCAUUUUCAGAAUAUUUUUUCAAGUCUGCUUCAAGUACAAAAAAAACAGCAUGGCAUCACAACAGCAUCAUCCGGAAAGUCGUGGACAAAUUUGAUUUAAACAGUGAUAAGGGAUCAGUAAUUGAAGAGCCAGAAGAAUGUCCAAUCCCACAGCUGAGGUAUCGCCAUCGUCAAGUAGAUACAAAUAGAAGCAGGGAAAAGGUGGCCUGUUCUCGUAUUACUCCUGUGGCAGGCUCCUGUACUGUAGCCAGAGAGAUGUUUGUUGAAUCAAAUACACUACACUGUGACUCCAAACUAUCAACACUAUGUACACUGCAGGGCUCUGGUCACAACCUCAAAGUGGAGUGCAGCAUCAAUCUUUGUGCCAUGCCAGUUGUUGUAGGGACCAUCCAACAGGACACAGGAGAAUUACUUUGGCAGAAUUUUCGGGAUAAAUUGUCUCUCCAGGAACACAUCAAUAAAAUGAUGGACCCCUCGUACUCAAAACAGCAGUAUGGCUUCUGCUUCCUGAAAUGUUUAAAGAAAGCAUAUGAAGAUUACAUGUAUGACAUCAUAGGGAAAUAUAACAAAGACGAUGGAAUACCGAUGUAUGACGAUAUUCACUCCAUGUAUUAUAUGUCUCAAAUGAUGACCUUACCACCAGUAGUUAAAGAAAAGAAAAAGAACAAACCCUCACUUUUCAACAUCAAUAUGAUUUUCAUAGAUUCUGUGUCACGUCAACACUUCUAUAGGACACUACCAGAAACUGUCAAGGUCAUGGAAUCAAUCAACCAUGAUAACAUCAAGGGAGGUCAUGGUCCGGUGACUUUGGACUUUGAACUCGUUCAAAGUAUGAGAUCUAGAACAUUCGAAUCCUUACAAGCUCUGUUUUCUGGUUAUGUGGAUCCUUCAGAGAAACCGUUUGGAGUUUUAGACAUGCCCCCAGUACCCCUCUCUAUAGAAUCUCUCUUUAGUCCUUUUAAAUCCCAAGAUUAUCACACACUUUGGCUAGAAGACCUUUGCUGGGAGUGGGAGUGGGGAAUAUCUAAGGAUUUACGGGCUUUUAACAAGUCAUAUUCUAGUAGAAAAAUAUGGAAACGACUAAAUAAAGCUCUGGAGAAGGCUGGUAUAGAUGGUCUGGAUAUGACAUUGUCUAGUUGUGAAAUCCUUCGUGUCAAUAAUGUCAAUGAUCACUUCCAUGGACCAGACACAGUGUGUUAUGGAGGUCAGUUCCAGCAUCAGUUUGCCCUGGACUACCUCAGACUUUACCAGACUCGUAUGACUAGUCUACAGCAACGCUUCAUCACUUUUUUAGAGACCAAUGUUGGCCAUGAAGACACUGGACGCAGAAUAAAAACCCUUGAUCAACCAUUGGCAAGCUAUCUUAAGUUUGCCUCAACAUUGAAUGAUACACUGACCAUCUUGUUUUCUGACCAUGGAAAUGCUUAUGGGAAUUUCAUGGACAUUAGUCUGGAGGGUCGCAUUGAGAUGUUCCAUCCUUUCCUUAUGAUGGUGCUUCCACAGGGUGUCCAGGACAAACUAGGUCCAGCUCAGUCGAAUGCUCUCGUAUCUAACCAAGAUAAACUGAUUAGUCUAUUAGAUCUCCACCACAUGUUAAAUCACAUUACACUGAUGGGCCAAACCCCUCACUCCCCCAAUACCUCAACUUACGAGGGAAAACACCUGUCCUCCCACAGGAAAUCCUUUCUUCCUCCGUCUUCUUAUGUUAAAAUCAAAGAACAAUUCCACGUACCUGACCAUGGCUUGUUAUCAAAGAUUUCGCCGUUCAGGACCUGUGACGAGACGCCUCGGAUCAUGCCUAACCUCUGUAUCUGUGAAGGCUUUGAGAAUACAGUGAGGAAUGACUCUCAUUAUGUCAUGUUUGCCCAUUUUGCGUUGAGUAAGCUGAACAACGUUAUCCACUCACAGUAUAGGAAAAGCAGCCCAAAUUCAAACUCUUCAUUUGGAAAAUGUCAACGUCUCGUACUCCAUAGCUUCAGAAAUGUAAAAACUAAUUUUAAAAAGAACCACACAGUGUACAUCACCAUGGAGUUGUCUGUCCUACUGACCAGCAGCAGGCCACUGGAGGUGUUCUUUGUGGCACUGAAGUACUCUCUCAGGACGGCAGGGUCACUUCAGUUGACCAGGUUUGACCGUACCACACCAUACAGUGGGUUUAAAGUCUGUGCUGACUCAGGUGUCGACCUCAACCUAUGUGUAUGUGAUCUUCACGCAGGAACAGACCGUUCUUAUACUGUCGAUGAUAUCCCGAAAACAGCUCUUCUUUCAAAAUCAAAGAUAGACAUUGUUGAUAAGAUGGUCGACUGUCUUCUUCUGUUGACCACAGAAAAUGACCAUGGGGUAGUACUAGAAGUGUUUAAUCUGUGUCCAAAGAAGUCUUUCAAGAUUAAGUUAUCAACUUUUACAGUUAAUCUGAUUUCGUCCACGUCAAGACAAGUGGCUGUCACACUGAGACCUUUUGGUUUUAAAUUGAUUGUAGCUGCUUUACAAAUUAAUCCAAGGGAGGAAAUCUCGUGGAAAUACAAAAUAUCUUUAUUACUGGUAUAACCUUGGUAGAUUGAUGAUUUAUCAGUAAUGAUAGAACCUAAUCUGUGGGUUGUUUAUUUACCAGUGUGUGUAUUCUGACUGGAAAUAGAACUACAAUCUCUAUUGUCACUUUUAAAAUUGCAACAUUGAGAUCUCACCACCUAUUCAAAGUGAUCAUAUCUGCUCUCCAGAUUGAUUCAGCUGUGAAAACUCUUUAAAAUUAAAUGGUGUACACACUAAAAUACACUGUACACCUAUUGUACAGUAAUGUACACACUAAAAUACACUACAACUAUUGUACAGUAAUGUACACACUAAAAUACAAUGUACAUCUAUUGUACCGUAAUGUACACACUAAAAUACACUACAAAUAUUGUACAGUAAUGUACACACUAAAAUACAAUGUACAUCUAUUGUACCGUAAUGUACACACUAAAAUACACUACAACUAUUGUACAGUAAUGUACACACUAAAAUACACUACAACUAUUGUACAGUAAUGUACACUCUAAAAUACACUACAACUAUUGUACAGUAAUGUACACACUAAAAUACAAUGUACAUCUAUUGUACAGUAAUGUACACACUAAAAUACACUGUAAACCUAUUGUACAGUAAUGUACACACU